AUGUGGACUUACAAUCCAAGGAAGGAGAUAGAAUUCAAGAAGAGACAACUAUUCACUAAUGUUGAUGCCUUUAGAGCAGCACUGAAGGAUUAUAUGAUCCAAAAAGGAUUUCCCAUCAAAAGGCUGAAGAAUGAGAAAACCAAGUGUACCGCAAUCUGUUAUGUUGCUGGAUGUACAUGGAGGAUUCAUGUGUCCCCUGUAGCUGAUUCAGUAACAUUUAUGAUUAAGACAUACACACCUGAACACACAUGUGUGAUGAAUAACAAAAAUCGUGAGACCACCUCUGACUGGAUGGCAGAGAAACUGCUAACUGUGAUGAGAACCCAUCUGCACUUGUCAAGAAAAGGCAUUGAAGCUGAGAUGCUAAAAUAUGGUGUGCAUCCUAGCAAACAGCAAGUAUAUAGAGCCAAACAAAAGGCAAGAGAAGAGAUUGAAGGCACACAUUCAGAAUCAUAUAGUAAACUGUCAAAAUAUUCUGUGCUUCUAAGGCAACAUAAUCCUGUUAGUGUUUGUAAGAUUCAUUAUGACAGACCAAAUCUACUAGUUGAACCGAGGUUCCUGAGACUUUUUAUUAGCUUUAAAGGACAGAAAGAUUUAGCUGGUUGUAGAUCCUUUGUUGGAUUUGAUGGAUGUCAUUUGAAAGGUAGUUUUGGUGAAGUAUUGCUGGCUGCUGUUGCAUUGGAUGCUAAUAACAGCAUAUUUCCCAUUGCAUUUGCUAUUGUUGAGAUAGAAAACAGAGAAAUUUGGAGUUGGUUCUUUCAUUUCUGUGAAGAAUUCUUUGGACCAUUCCAUAACAAUUCUCCCUUAACUGUCAUGAGUGAUAGACAAAAGAUAUUAUUAAACACUGAACUUGAUAAAAUUUGGACAACCUGCUGUGUAGAUAUGGUAAAAACUGCUGACUGCUUUUUGAUUUUCAUGCAGGGGCUGAACCUUGCAUAUGAAAAGCUGCUGCCAUCUGCAAUUGGAAGAUACUGUUGCAGACAUAUUUGCAGUAACUUUAGGUCUCAGUUUCCUGGAAUGUUACUGACUAGCUUUUUUUGGCAAGCUGCUAAGAGUUAUGAUGCAAUUGGAUUUAAUGAAACAAUGCAAAGAAUCAAAAACAUGAAUAUAGAAGUAUGGAGGUACUUAUCCAAGAUUCUAGUUUCUGCUUGGGCUAGACAUGCAUUCUCAACAGAAAUAAAAUGUGACCAUGUCACAAACAACUUCACGGAAUUCUUCAAUACUUGGAUUGGAGACUUAAGGGGCCAACCAAUACUAACACUUGUUGAAGGUCUAAGGAAAAAAUUUAUGAAGAAAUUACACAAAAGGUACCAGAAGGCUUGCACAUGGACGUCUACUAUCCCAAAAAACAUCAUAGAAAAGCUCAAGAAAAUUUCAAUACAUUCUAGGAGAUAUUCAUUGCAGAUGACCAGUAAGGAUUUGUUUGAAGUUACUGAUGGUGAAAGAGCAUUUAUAGUGAGUUUGAACCAGAAGACAUGUGACUGUGGAGCUUUCCAAUUGUCUGGACUACCAUGCAAGCAUGCUGCACUUGGAAUUAUAUACAGAAGACAGAAAUUGGAGACAUACUGUGAUCCUUGCUUCUCAACAGAAAUGUAUCUCAAGACAUACAGUGGCAUGAUACAUCCAAUUCCUUACCAGAAGAUAUGGCCUCCAUUAAUUGAUGUCACACCAAAAACUGUCCUUCCACCACCAUUGAGAAGAGUUCCAAGUCGUCUAAGAGUUAAUAGAAGGAGAGGGCCUGAUGAGCCAAGCCAAUCUCAAACAAAAAGGUCAACCACUAUGAGAUGUGGCAACUGCAAAGCUACUGGAUAUAAUACUAGAACAUGUCAAAGAGCACCUGUUACUCAAUUUGCUAGAGGAAAGUUAGGAAGCGGAAUUGCAAAUACAGGGCUUGCAAGAUCUAUUCUAUGGGAUCAUGCUGAUGGCAAUGUGCCUAUUGUGGUUUCUAGUCAAGGCAGCAACCCAAGUCCAUCCACUCAAUCACCAUUAAUGAAUGUUGACUUGAAUUUGCAAAUAGCAACCAAUGCUACUAAGAGAAAGGUAUUUGUUCCUUAA